CCCAGAGGAAGACGUCAGCCAGGAAUCCCCGCAGGGUCAGCCUCCUGCUGGGGGCGCGGCAGCAGCAGCAACCGAUGGCAAGUCUGGAGAAGCAGGCCACAUAUGAGUGCCUUGCUAGCGGCGGGCAGCACACUGGACCUGGUGGACGCUGUGGCUGCCGGGAGACUUCAGAACAGCUUUGCUAUUGUCAGACCGCCCGGCCACCACGCCAUGGAGAGUGAGUUCUGCGGCUACUGCCUCGUCAACAACGUGGCGCUGGCUGCCCGACACGCCCUCAACACACACCGCCUCAGCCGCACCCUCAUAGUGGACUGGGAUGUGCACCACGGACAGGCCACACAGCAGGCCUGAGGUGAGGGUGAGAUGGAGGUGUGGCCAGGCCUGUACACACACCUCACCUCCCAGCUGAUGGCCCUGGCGCAGGGCAAGGUGGUGCUGGUGCUGGAGGUGUGGCCAGGCCUGUACGCACACCUCACCUCCCAGCUGAUGGCCCUGGUGCAGGGCAAGGUGGUGCUGGUGCUGGAGGUGUGGCCAGGCCUGUACGCACACCUCACCUCCCAGCUGAUGGCCCUGGCGCAGGGCAAGGUGGUGCUGGUGCUGGAGGUGUGGCCAGGCCUGUACACACACCUCACCUCCCAGCUGAUGGCCCUGGCGCGGGACAAGGUGGUGCUGGUGCUGGAGGUGUGGCCAGGCCUGUACACACGCCUCAACCUCCCAGCUGAUGGCCCUGGCGCGGGAUAAGGUGGUGCUGGUGCUGGAGGUGUGGCCAGGCCUGUACACACGCCUCAACCUCCCAGCUGAUGGCCCUGGCGCAGAAAUCUAAAAAAUAGCUUAGACAAUUAUUAUUACAUAGCAGGAUGAUAGUAAUAUUGAUAAUAAUAAGAGUAGUAGUAAUAAUAAUAAUAAUAAUAAUAAUAAUAAUAAUAAUAAUAAUAAUAAUAAUAAGCAAUCCCUGUUGUGUGUGCAGGGUGGGUGGUGCCUGCCGUCCAGGCCAAGAGUGCCGCCCACACCCUCAGUGCCUUGCUGGGCCACCACUGCCCCCCUGCUGGACCCCCCUGCAGCCAUCACCAAGCCUUCAGGAGACACUGCUGAGCCUGGAGUACGUCCAGCGGGCACACUGGCGCUGCUUCCAGUACCAGGGGUCCUUAUGCCAGCAGGAGGUGCGGGGCGAGGCUGACCCCAGCACCUUCACCCCGAGCCUCUCCUUCCAAGGCCUGGUGGGUGUCUGGCCCUUAUGCCUACAGACCAGAGACACCAUGCAGCUCCUGACACCACAGACACAGCAGCUCAGGGAGAGGAUUGGUGAGAAACUGCUGCAGCUGAGGA